UGUUUUCUUUUUGCAGAAGCGACGCCAUGGGGUGCCCCACACUCUGGGGGCGGCUGCUGCUGCCGCUGCUGCUGCCACCGCUCCUCCUCUUUCCCGCCUGUGCCUUUGCCCAAGGCUGCCCCGCGGAGUGCCAGUGCAACCCGGCCCAGAUGGUCUUCUGCAUCUCCCGGAGGACCCACGCCGUCCCGCAGGGGCUGCCGCCCGACACGGCCAACCUGUACCUCUUCGAGAACGGCAUCCGCUCCCUGAGCGAGGACAGUUUUGUGGGGCUGCCCGCCCUCCACCUCUUGGACCUCUCCCAAAACGAGAUCGCCAGCCUCCCCCACCACGUCUUCCAGCCGCUGCCGGGCCUCCGGAACCUCGACCUCUCCUCCAACCAGCUGCGCAGGAUCACCAACGAGAGCUUCCGUGGCCUGCACCAGCUGGAGCGCCUCUACCUGCACCGCAACCAGAUCCAGCACAUCCACCCGGCGGCCUUCGAGGCCCUGCCGAACCUCCUGGAGCUGAAGCUCCAGGCCAACCAGCUGCAGGCGGUGCCCCCACUCCACCUGCCCGCCCUCUUGCUGCUGGACCUCAGCUGGAACAGGAUUGGGGCCCUGGAGCCGGGCACCUUCCAGGUCCCCAACCUGGAGUCCCUGAAGAUCGCCGGGCUGGGCUUGCACCGCCUGGAGGAGGAGCUGAUCUCCGACCUCCAGAACCUCCACGAGCUGGACCUCUCGGACAACCUGCUGGCCGCAGUGCCCAGCGUGCUGCCACGGCUGCGCAGCCUGACCAAGCUGAGCCUGGCGGGCAAUGCACACAUCUCCCAGCUGCUGCCCGGAGACUUCGGAGCGCUCCGCAACCUCCAGGAGCUGGACAUCAGCAAGCUGAACCUCCACAGCCUGCCCGAAGGCUUCUUCGGUGCCUUCCCCCGGCUCAAGGCGGUCACCGCGGCAGAGAACCCCUUCAAUUGCAUCUGCCCGCUGAGCUGGCUCAUCGCCUGGGCGAGCGCCGGCAAAGCCUCCCUCCGGAGGUCCAAGGAGACCCGGUGCCACUUCCCCCCGAAAAACGCCGGCAAAAUGCUCCUGCAUCUCGAAUACGCGGAUUUCGGCUGCCCAGCCACAACCACCGUCACCCCCACCGUGAAAGCCACCAGCCCCAAGCUCGCCACGCCCGCCCCUAGCAGCGAGCAGGCCUCCCCCGAGCCGAGUACCCCCGGCCGAGUACCCCCGGGAGAAAGCAGCCCCACGGCCACGCCCUUCACCUUCCUGCAGUUCCUGCCAAGGCCGGGGCGCUAUCUCUGCCCGCCGCACACCUGCCUGAACGGUGGGGUGUGCCAGCUGGAUGCCCAGAACCACCUGGAGUGCGUCUGCCCCUUAGGCUUCUCGGGGCUGUUCUGCGAGACCCAGGGGCCGGUGACCACGGCGGCCAGCCUCACCCAGGCCCCAACGCCCCCCGACCCCGUCGUGGUCAAGCAUGUCGGCGGAACCUCGCUGAAGGUGGACCUGCAGAACUACGUCCGCUCCAAGAGCCCGCUGAGGGGCCUCCGCCUCACCUACUGGAACCUCUCGGGGCCAGACAAGCGGCCCGUCACCCUCAGCCUGCCCGCCUCCCUGCCCGAGUACACGGUGCGGGCCCUGAAGCCGAACUCGUCCUACCGGAUCUGCAUCGGGCCCCUGGGGGACAAAGCCCACGAGGAAGACCUCUGCGUGGAGGCCCAGACGGCGCAGGCCACGCAGCAGCAGCAGCAGCACCACGCCCCCGUCACCCAGGGCCCAGAGGCCAGCCUGACGCUCGUGGUCGUCCCGGCUGUGGCUGCCCUCUUGCUCCUGGUGGCUGGUGUGGCGAUCGUCUCCUGCUACGUGUGGAGACGGCGGCGGCAGCGGCGACAGAGGAAGGCUCUGGGCCCAUCCCCUCUUCCUCCUCCUGCUUCCGUGGCCCGUGGUCCUGACCCACUGGAGCUGGAGGGGGUGAAGGCGUGCCUCGAGAAGGGAGACGCGGCCGGACCUGCGCAGAAGACGGCCGCGGAAGGGGCCCCCAACGGCUUGGAAUGCGAGGUGCCGCUCAUGCAGCCGCCCUUCCCCGGCAGCACAACCCCACGGCUGGCACCGCCUUCUUACUUUUAGGGACAAGAAGGGGGCCCCAGUCCAGAAGCCCCCCCCCUUGGGGUAAAGGCAUCCGGAGAAAGUGGCCUUCCAGACCCCAGGAGGAGGAGGAGGAGGAGGCUCCUCUUGCAUUGAAGUAGACCCCUCCCAUCAGCCGGAGUUGGAGCAAGUGCCUACUUUGGGGAGACGGCCGCCCCCACGGGUCCACACAAGGCGCUCCGGCAGCACCCGUGGAGGCAAAGA